AUGGCGGAGGCUGUUCACUAUAUCCAUCUCCAGAACUUCAGCCGUUCCCUCUUGGAGACCCUCAACGGGCAACGCUUGGGCGGUCACUUCUGCGACGUCACUGUCCGCAUCCGCGAGGCCACCCUACGGGCCCACCGCUGUGUCCUGGCCGCCGGGAGCCCGUUUUUCCAUGACAAACUCCUUUUGGGUCACUCGGCCAUUGAGGUGCCCCCCGUUGUCCCCAGCGGUGCCGUGCGGCAGUUGGUGGAGUUCAUGUACAGCGGUUGCUUGGUGGUGGCGCAGUCGGAAGCUCUGCAGAUCCUUACCGCCGCCUCCAUCCUCCAGAUCAAAACCGUCAUCGAUGAGUGCACCCAGAUCAUCUCCCAGAGCCGUGGGCCCAAGGUGCUGCCCCCCACCCGCCCCCCCCCCCCCGAGCCCACUGACCCCUGCCACAAGUCACUACCGCCACCACCGCCACCGUUACCGGAGCCCGACAUCCGCUUCGGGCCAGCGGAGCCGGCGCCGAGCUGCCACAGCCGCAAGCAACGCCAACCGCUGCGGCUCCAGCUGCCGGUGAAGGAGGAGGAGGAGGAGGAGGAAGGUGAGGGUACUGGUGGUGGUGAAGAAGGCUUUGCCCCGCCACCCUUCGCCGCCGAGGAGCCGCCGUUUUUUGGCGCUCCCGAGGUCUUCGCCGACGCUUUCCUGCCCCCAUGGCCUGGCGAGGACACGGCCAAGUUCGGACCCGACUGCAGCCUGGAGGCGCCAGGGCGGGCACCGGCAUUCGGGACCAAGGCAGCGACGGGGGGCAACGGGUUUGGCUUCGUGCCGCCACCGCCACUGUACGAGGGGGGUGCAGGAGUGGGCGGCAUCCCCCCCGUCCCUGAGGUGCCCCAGCCUGGCCCCUCGCGGUGCUCUGAGCCUUCCUACCAAUGCGGUCACUGCCAGAAGACCUUCAGCUCCCGCAAGAACUACACCAAACACAUGUUCAUCCACUCCGGUGAGAAGCCCCACCAGUGCUCCAUUUGCUGGCGCUCCUUCUCACUCCGUGACUACCUGCUGAAGCACAUGGUGACCCACACGGGUGUCCGUGCCUUCCAGUGUGGCGUCUGCUGCAAACGCUUCACCCAGAAGAGCUCCCUCAAUGUCCACAUGCGCACCCACCGCCCCGAGCGCUUCCAGUGCCGCCUCUGCACCAAGGGCUUCUCCCACCGUACCCUCCUCGAGCGCCAUGCUGCUGCCACCCACCCCGUGCCACCGCCGGGGCCACCGCCAGGGCCACCACCACCUGAAGCCGGGUUGGCAACAUGGCCAGGCGCUGAGGCUACAGGUGCCGGUCCCGCUCACACAGCGUGAGGGUGCCCCGGGGCGGGGGGUGGUGUCUUUGUCACCCCAGAACUCCCCCAGGGGUGGGCUUUGGAGCUCCCCCAUGGCCGUGGAUGAGCCCCUGGGGUUGUUUGAGCAGUCAGGGGUGAAACCUGGAGGACUUUGACCCCACCCCAGCCGUGAAUUUGA